AUGCUGGAAUGGCCAACCGUGACAACGACCCGAAGUCUGCCGAAGAGGCGGUUCGAGCUUCUCGACUUGCCUUCACCGGAGAGCCCGAACGCACGGCCGUACAUUGCCGCGUUGUCAGGCGAACUGACCAUGGGCCUCGAGUCGCCUGGCCCCCUGUCUCGGAGAUGGACGCUUGGAGCGAGGAACUCUGGUCAGUUUUCGCCCGCGAAAUCCCUGGCGCGAGCAGCAUUAGAUCCAAUUGCGAGUUCUCCUCAGAAUCGUUUCCAGAAGGCAGAGGAACUUUGUGAUGCCCUUCCUGUGGAAGCAACCCUGGGCGGUCGACGCUCCUCCAGGCAGUGGAUUCUGCCACCAUUGGAUGCGAAGGUGGAAUCUGAAGUGGCCAACGACUUCUAUCCUUCUCGACGACUCAAAGGAUGUAGAGGCGCAUCAGAGUAUCUGGCUCGGCAGUCUUCGAGACGAAGUGCGACGGAAGUGUAUGAGCUGAACUUCGUCAAGGAAGCCUUUCUCCGGUUCCGGUCGGACAGCGCGGAGUUGAAUGUCAGCGACCUUCGAGAUGUCUUGGACCACCUGGGCUACCUCGGAAUCACAGACGAAGCGGCUGCUUCUCUGGCCAAAGAGGUCUCGCGCUUCUCAACCCUGGACUUCCAGGAGAUGCAGAGGGUGAUCGAGUGCGCCGGGAACUUCGAACACCAACAGAUCGAGCAGGCGUUUCAGAGACAGGCCGUUGCACAGGAAGAUGGCGCCCACCUGCACGUGAACAGACUACAGUUCAUCCUCCAUGAACUGGGUGCUACCUCUGACGGCCAAGCGGUGCGCGAAAGCCUUGCAGCCUCAAACCUGCCGGAGCCUUCUGCGACGGACGGUCAGCAGGAAUGCCCAGCGGCAGCCUCCACCUGGCUCGACUUUGACCAGGUAAACUAUUUCCUGGCCACACACCGGGCAGCUCAAUGUUGCUCCGAGGCGCUGGUGCAGAGCGCAGAGACGAUCUUCAAGUCCUUGGCACAUCGGCAAAGUGGCCGCCUCGAGGUGAGUGCCUACCGGAUCCCAGAGCUCCUCAGUCGGCUCUUCGAGGAUGACGUGCUGCAGUCCGUGAAAGAGUUAUGCCAGAGGCUCGAAAGCAACGAGGCUGCCCAAGGCUGCGAGAGCGAUGCCUCCGGAGACGAGGGUGUUGAUGUCCACCGGCCAUGUCGGUCCAUGGGCCUUAGCGAAUUUCUUACCUGGCUCCGGCGCCUCCGCUGCCUUCACUUACGCCGUGCCUGGCAACAGUAUGAGGAGGUAGCAUGCUCUCCAGGCCAUGUGUCUGUAGACGUCCUGGACUCCGUGUUGCCAGAUUGGCCCGCGGAACUUGAACGCCGAGAUGAGAUCAUGAAGGAGGCUGGCCUCCAAGGGAUGGAAGUGCUCAGCUUCGACGUCGUGGAUUCGUUACGCCGACGCUGCUGCUUGAUGAAGGACUUCUCCGUGUCGGAGGCGAUGUACUUCACAGGUGUCUUCGGGCACUUCCAACCUGAGGAUCGUGUUGGAUUCGUCGACCGCGCGGACUGCCUGUGUUUGUUUCGCUACAUGGGUUACGGCCUCAAGGGCGACGAAAUCUACUCACUGCUUUUGGAUGCCAAAGCGGCGGGUCAUAGGCUGUUGAGCCUGAGCGAUUUCCUGAGCAUGAUGAGGGCAUGCCGCGUGCGGGAGACAGGCAUGCUGAAAACAGCCUACGAGAUGAAGGCGCAGGACAUGGGCCUGUCGGACUUGAGUGACUUCGAGGAGACAGGCUCCGGCCUGUCCGUGUCCGACGUGGAGGACGGUCCCAGUGAGCUCGUCCUCAACAGACGACAGAGCAACGAAAGCUCCAGGGCGGCCUUCCGGCGGCGCAGCAGCGUCAAGCAGGAUGCGCAGUCCAAGAGCCAGGUCAAAGGCGAGGGCCUCGUGGUGCCUUCUGGUGUCCUGGAGGCGCUAGGUGCUGUUGGCUGGUCGCUGGCCGAGGAGGCGCUGUACGAGGCACUGGCACGCCUCGGCUUGACUCGGAACUUGCUGAGCCUGGUGGAGUUCCAAUCACUAGCAAUGCUGCUACGUGAGGAGGAGGCCACGCAAAAGCAGACCCGAGCCGGUUGGUCUACUUCCGAGGCCCGAGACAUCCAAAGCCUUUACAAUGCCCAUGCCGGUGAGGAGGGUCGCUUGGAUGAG